AUGGCCGAAGAAGCACCCGCACUCAAGAAGGACUCAACCAUGGUUGUGACUGCUAAGGUGAGGAGAAAGAUCGAAAGCGCGCGAACACCUCUGAGAAUCUUGACCGUAUGGUUUUCCGGAAUAAGAUGAAUUAUGAUUUCUGUUUCUUACUUUAGGAGGGAGAACAGUUUCUAGAAGAACAUGGAAAGGUUCACGAAGAUGCAAAAACAAGAGCACAACAAAAAGAACUUGAAGAAAACGAAGAGGACGCUGCUAGCAAACUGAAACGAACUUCGACUAUGGCUGCGACCGCACAGGUGAGAUCAUGAAGUUCGAUAGUUGGUUGGUUUCGCUUCCUUUCCACUAAUUUAAAACUCACAAGUCAAAACGGCCUGUUUUUGAGAAUAUGUUUUACACUUUUAGGAGGGAAGCGAUCUCCUUGGAGAUGAAGAACGCGGUAAAACGCGAUCAGAGACUGCGGCUAUGAAAGAAACUGACGAGGAGGGCGAUCAAGAGGAAAGCGGCGAAGACGACGACGAGGAAGAUGAAGAAGAAGCAAACGGAAACUGCGAGGAGAAUGCUGGAGAUAAACCAGCUGUCAAACGCGAUGGGACGAUGGUUGUUACCGCAGCGGUGAGAUCAGCAAGAGUUUCUGCUAAAUUUGUACUGAACUUUGCUUAUCGACGGUACAUUUUUUCUUUUUAGGAAGGUGAGAAGUUUUUAGAAAACGAGGGCCAUACGGUUGACGGUGGAACACGUGGGGAAACCGAAGCGGUGAAAGCUGCCAUAGAAGAAAGCGAAGCUGAUAAACAGAAUGGCGAAAAGGAAGAGGACAAACAAGACCUGAAACGGAAAGGAACUAUGCAAGAAACUGUCGAGGUAAGAAAAAAAUCGUUUUUUUUUUGUUUACGGACUCCUAAGUCGAUUUUCUGGUACCGCUGCUUUAUGCUCAAAAGAUUGUUCAGACAAAAUUCCGUGUAAAGUGCUGUUUGUCAUUGUCACAUGGAAAUUUAAAUUAUGAUAAUGAUUUCCGCUCGCUGAGAAAAUCGGGCUCUAUACGCGAAAACGCUGCACGUAAUGUUUACGAGUUGUGUAUUCCAGUAUUUUCCACGCCUCGAUUGGUUUCUGUUAGUAGCGAAAAUGACAUUGUCCGGUCAGAAUAUUGCAUUUUAUGACUCUGUCACGCCAUUUUGGCAUGUGAUGCACGCUUCGCUGCGAUUCUAUUUCUUUAAAUGGGAAGUCUAUUGUUUUUACGUCACUACUGUUCUAGUUCAACAGACAAAUAGCUUUUGAAUUUCUACAAGGUCGCCACGCUUUAGUUAGAAACUUGACACUAAAUUCUGUUCCGCGCGAGUGAUAGAAAAAAAUAAUUCAGGAGAUCGCGUGUUUGCCAAAAGGGUUAAUAACGAACUUUCAAAGGGUGAACUUAUAGAACUUUAUUUUAUUAAAACGGGAAUGUUCGUUUUUAAGUGUCAUCUGUCAAGUUUGUGGGCUUAUUUAAGACGCUUAAACAUUAUCGUGACGUUUCGUGACAAUAUUUUGCUCUUAACAAGAAAGAGUGACAGCGAGUUGAUUUCCUUUAUUUUUUUAAUAUAAUUAAUCAUAUCUUACCACAGUCAUAAAUUUUGCUUAGAUCACCUCAGUUACAUAGCUAUAUCAUUGUUUUCAGCAAAAAAAAUCCCUUAGUAAUGAUAAAUGUUUUCUUUUUCAAUUGGCAAAUCUGCUUUUAGAGGAUUAUUUUAACAUAUUUGAAGGUCACUUAGGUACAUAAAUAACAAAUAAAAAAGCUGUUUGUCUCCUUGUUUUUUUAAAAGUCUGGUUAUUUGAUACAUUCAUUAAAUAACCAGACUUUCCCAAAAACUAUUGGAAAUACAGCUGUCUAAAUUGUUAAUUUACAUGUAACAGCCAGGUUAAGAAUCAGGGAGAUUUAUUUUAGGUCCUGUAAAUUUUUUUACCUUAACUCACAAUCUCCAUUCAACUUAAGUCAUGAUUUAAGUCGUAAAUCCAAAAUUUAAAAAACGAUGAAAGCUUCAAAAAAUAUUUUGAACUAUAUCUAAGAUGAUUACACUGAAAACCCUUUCCAAAUUUCCUUCUUUUCUAUAUGGGUGAGCUCGCGAAGUUUUAAAGACAAUUCCAAUAUCAGAGAAAUUUUCUCCUAACCCUUCAACCUACAAAAGUUAUUGACAAGUAACUGCUUGGCACAGUUUAAACACAUCAUAAGGCAAAUAUGUGACAAAAUUAAAUUUUUUCAGCUGUAGAAUGUAUUCCUGAUAUAACAUCAAACCACUUAAAUCAUGAACAAGACAAUGUAUAGCAGCUAUGAGAGAGAAUUCAAAAUUAGAUCACAGAGGUAAAAGAUUUAACAAAAGAAAUCAAGUCUGAUAUUUUGAAGGGCACUUAACUCAACUUUUUUCAGUCACCAUUUGGAAACAUACAAUUGCUAAUUCUCUAAACAUAAAUAAUAAUUGUUGCAAGGAGGAAAACAAAUCAAAGAAGUACACUUUGUGCCAUAAAGACUGGAGUGCUAUGUUUGUGUAAAUUUUCUGUCGCUGACUUUGUUUGACUUGUGGUUUGCUUGUUCUUUAGGAGGGUGAAGAAAUUUUGAAAAGGCAGAAAACUUCUAAUGGAGAUCAUCAAGACGAAGUCACAGCUUGAUCCUCACUGUACUUUAGAUGUCACAACUUUUAUGACUGCAGGACAAUUGGACACAUCUUGUACAGUAUAUAUAUACAUAUAUAUAUAUAUAUCAGUGAAUCACAUGUAACAUUUUGAAGCACGGGCACAUACAGCUUUUAUUAAGCAUAAUAGUUAUCGCUCAUUUUAUGGUUUUUCUGAAAUGGGUUUGUCAUUUUCUACCCAAAUUGAAUAGACAGCUUUGAACUAGUUUUAUGCUCACAAGUCAUUAAUACUUUUCCCCUUCCUUAACCCUUUAACUCCCAAGAUCUGAUUGUUAAUUCUCAUCUCUAGCUUCUAUUUUCUGUAUGGGAGACCUUUGAUUUUUGCCAAAUGGGGUGUUAAAAGGCUUGAUUCAAGUAAUUUCUUUGCGGGAUGAAUCCUAGAAUUCUUGUUAUGAUUUUUAAAUAGUAUGAAAAAUACUGGUUUUAAGACACUUCCUUGUUGAAAUUUUCCUUCAAGAAAUGAAGAAAAUUUCAGUGUGUAAUAAAGUAAAUUUUCACUUCCAAACUCUCCCCUCCCAACUCUUUGGUAGGAGUCUCCAUUCAGAAUUUGUGGGGUUUAUUUUCUUAGAGGCUUUUUCCACCCUUGUGUAUGGUAAAUCUAAGCUUCUUUAUAUUGUAAACAUUUAAGCUUUUAUACUUUUAAAAAGCUACAGACAUCAUCAAACAAACAGCAGAAAAAGGCGCUCAUUAAAAUGCUCUUUUUAGAU